AUGCGCUACAUGGACUACUCUCCAUGCGAGGAUCCCAACCGCGCGAAGAAAUUCAUAAAAACAAGCCUGGCGCAUCGCGAGCGACACUGCCCGAAGAGCUCCGAGCAGCUGAACUGCCUCAUCCCGCCGCCCGUCGGGUACAAGCGCCCGGUCUCCUGGCCGCAGAGCCGCGACGAGGCGUGGUACGUGAACGUGCCGCACAAGCAGUUGACGACGGCGAAGGCGGAUCAGAACUGGAUUCGAUACAACGAGCAGACGGAGAAGUUUUCGUUCCCUGGCGGCGGCACGAUGUUCCACAAAGGAGCGGAUCACUACCUGGAAGAGCUGGGCAAGCUCAUUCCGCUCACGGAUGGAUCCAUUCGCACGGCGCUCGACACCGGCUGCGGGGUGGGGAGCUUCGGCGCGUAUCUGCUGAGCCGCGGCGUGCUGACCAUGUCGCUGGCGCCGCGCGACGGGCACGAGGCGCAGGUGCAGUUCGCGCUGGAGCGAGGCCUGCCCGCCAUGAUCGGCGUGCUGGCCAGCAAGCGCCUGCCGUACCCCGCGCGCUCCUUCGACCUCGCGCACUGCUCGCGCUGCCUCAUCCCGUGGUCGAACGAAGACGGGCGCCUCCUGGCGGAGAUCGACCGCGUGCUGCGCCCCGGCGGGUUCUGGGUGCUGACGGGCCCGCCCAUCGACUGGCAGCACUACGCGCGCGGGUGGAACCGCACCAAGGAGGACCUGUCGGGGGAGCAGGACCGGCUGGAGGCCGCGGCGGCGAAGAUGUGCUGGCGCAAGUACAAGCAGGCGGGCAUGUUCGCGAUAUGGCAGAAGCCCCUGGACGGCGCGUGCCAGAAGAGCCGCGGGGACGCGAGCCCGCCCAUGUGCCCCGCGGACCAGGAUGCGGACCUGUCGUGGUACACGCCCAUGGCGACGUGUCUGACUCCUGUGCCCGCAGCAGACAGCAACGGCGUGGCGGGUGGCAGCGUGGACAAGUGGCCCGCCCGUCUCACCGCCACGCCGCCCCGCAUUGCCCUGGGGCUGCUCUCAGGCAAGCCCGGCGUCGCUCUUGCUACCAGCGCGGCUGCCUCUACCGCGGAUGAUGUGGAGGAACGUGCAGAGGAGGAGGCGCAGGAGAGUGCGGAGGAGGUUGCAGAGGGGGCUGCUGAGGAGGAGGGGGCCAGCGGAGAUGAUAAGGAGAGCAAGGAGGCGGGUGAGGAGGAGAAGGCAGGGGGUGAAGAGGAGAAAGAGGGGGGAAGUGAGGAGAAUAGCACGGAGGUUGAGGAGGAGAGCAAGGGCGGAAGCGAGGAGGAGAGCAAAGAGGGAGGCGAGGGGGAGAGCAAAGAGACAAGCGAGGAGGAGGCAGAUGAGGAGAGGGCAGAGCGGGCACAGGAGGAGAGCGGUGGUGGUGCUGUGAUCAAAGAGGAGAGCAGCGAGGAAGAGGAAGGCAGUGAGGGCAAGGCUGAGGAAGGCAGUGAGGAGACAAGCGAGGAGAGCAGCGAGGGUAGUGCUGAUGGCGGCGACGAGGCAGGCGGGGAGGAAAGCAGUGAGGACGUACAGAGGCGGCGGCUGAAGGGGGAGAGUGAGGGCGGGGUUGUGGUGGAGGAUCUGACAGUGGAGGACUUUGCAGCGGACUCUGACAAGUGGAGGCAGCGCGUGCGCUGGUACAAGCGCACCCUGCUGCCGGACCUAGGGCAGGAGGGCGGGCAGUACAGAAACAUUAUGGACAUGAGCGCGGGCAUGGGGGGGUUUGCGGCUGCACUGGGGCAAGAUCCUGUGUGGGUGAUGAAUGCGGUGCCUGUGGACAGAGGGGACGCUGUCGGCGGGGAUGCUGAAGGCUCGGAGGCACCAGCGCAUGUGUCGUUUGGCGCGGCUAACACGCUCGGGGUUAUCUAUGACCGCGGGCUGCUGGGAACGUACCAGGACUGGUGUGAGGCGUUCUCCACAUACCCCCGCACCUAUGACCUCGUCCAUGCCAACGAGCUCUUCUCCCAGUGGACUAGCAGGCCGUGCCCAGUGGAGCAGGUGCUGCUGGAGGUAGACCGCAUCCUGCGCCCUGAGGGAGUGGUGCUCAUCCGUGAUGACCUUGCCACGCUGCGCCGCAUCAAGCGCAUUGCGCCGGCACUGCGCUGGGAUGCACGCAUUGAGCGCCCGGGGAAGGAAGAUUCCGUGGACAAGGACGGCGACGAGGAGGUGGUGCUGGUGUGUACCAAAAAAUUCGUCUUUGAGAAAGUGGGCCGACGGUACAUUCUUAGCCGAGGGGACUGGAGUAAGGGCAAUGGAACAGCCACAGCCCUUGAAAAGUCGGAGAAACAGGCAUUGCUAAAGACCCACAUUAAGUUCAAAGAAUCAUGCUGGAAGUGCAUGUACUACAUAUCCGCCGAGAUAUUUUCUGUGCUUAUAACCCUGGGCGAGCCUUGGAUGGAAGAUAUCAAGUACUACUGGGUGGGCCCUGGGGAUCAGAAGUGGCCCGACCAAAUGAUGAAGCUGAAGUUAAAAACGUUGUUCCAUUACGUCGGAGGGUUCUACACGUACAGCGUUUUUGCGCUCAUAUUCUGGGAAACAAGACGGAAGGACUUUGGCGUGAGCAUGACUCAUCACGUGACUUGCGUAGUCCUUGUCAUUACCGCCUACAUAUUCAGGUUCGGCCGUGUCUGUUCCUUGAUGGUUGCGAUCCAUGAUGCCAGCGACAUCUUCCUCGAGCUUGCCAAGCUGAGCAAGUACAUCGAAUUCGAAACAAGCGCGACCAUCAACUUUCUUAUAUUUGCGGUAUCUUGGGCAUGGUUGAGGCUCUGGUGGUAUCCUCGGUACAUCAUCUACAGUUCAAGCUACCAGGUGGUUCAGCUACUGGACAAGAAUGACCACUUGGAAUUAGGCCCGAAGACUUACUACUUCUUUAACUUCAUUCUCGUUCUCCUGCUAGUACUUCACGUGUACUGGUGGAUACUUAUUGCCAAAGUUAUUAUCAGGCAGUUUGGAUCAGGAGAAGUGGACGAUGGCAGAUCUGAUGACGAAGACGACGACUAG